GGCAUCCAAAUUGGUGCAGCUCUCGAAAUGUCGCCUCCCAAGAGCCAAGAGCAGGUCAAGAGUAGACCCUCCAUAUCCUCAACUGGAUCGGGAGCCAUGUCCAGGACGUAUCAGUACAGGAAGGUGAUGAAGCCGCUGUUGGAAAGGAAGCGUCGUGCCAGAAUAAAUCGCUGUUUAGAGCAGUUGAAGCUGCUGAUCAGGGAGACGGCCUAUAUGGAUGCUGAGGCUUUGGCCAAGCUGGAAAAGGCCGACAUCCUGGAGAUGACUGUCCACCAAUUGCAGGACAGACGUCGGCCGGUGACCACCGCUACCACCGCCCAUUUCCAGCGUCUGGCCAUGGAACGCUACUGGAAUGGCUUCCGGCAGUGCGCCCUGGAGGUCUCACGAUUCCUACAGCGUCAUGAUAGGCAACUGAAUGAGAAGUUUCUGGAGGCCAUGGAGCAGUAUCUGCCCACCAGUCAGCCACAUCCGUCCAUCUGGCGUCCCUGGAAGUCUUGAGAUUGGCCUUGUCUUGUGCAUCGACCUUUAACCUCUACAAGUUCCUUACUUAUUUUAGUUAUUUUAGCUUAAAAAAAAAUUCAUUUAGUAAAUAAAAGUUAAUUUUUUUCUUUUAGUUUUUGUUUCUUUUCUUUUUUUUCUUUUCUUUUAUUUUUAUCGCAAUAAUUCCAAAAACUUGUUGGCUAUGAUUUGUUUUUUGUAGUGUAAGUGUGUUGGUUUCAGAAUCAAUUUAAUUUUUUUUAAUAAACUUUUUAAUGCUAAAUUAAGUAUUGCUUAUGUUGAAUAUAAUGCACACAAAGUAUUCUGUUUUUUUUAGAAGUAUCAUUAACGCUUACAAGAUACCCAAAAAAAUAUUUUUAUUAUAAUGUAUAUAUAUAUAUAAUUUUUGUUUGUUGUUGUUUUGUGUAUAAAUAUCAAGUAGAGUAGUUUUGCUUUCCAAAGAUUAUAGAUGCUUGGUGUUUGUGUAUUUGUGUUUCUUAAAAACUAAAUUGUUUUU